AUGGCCGACUCUGGUGACGUGAGCUACCCGAACCCGGGCAGCCCCGUCAUCGAUAACAUCAAGUCUGAGGCUUCCAAGACCUCCGAUGAGUUCCGCGACCUGAAGAACGCCCGGGUCACUCCUUCGACCACCACUACCAAUGGCCAGCCGUUGACCCACUACCACUCGCUGCUGUACAGCCUUCUGAGCUGGGAACAACCGCGCGCGACCGCCGUUUCCUAUGCCAGCGUGAUCGGUUUCAUUUUUGCCGCCCGUUAUCUGCCUCUUCUCCGCUGGGCCUUCAAGUUCCUGUAUAUGUCGCUGGGAUUGACCGCCGCCUUUGAAAUUGCCGGUCAGGUCAUCCUCAAGCAGGGCAUUGCCAGCUCUUUCCGUCCUCGCCGCUACUAUACCAUCCCUAAAGAGACCCACGAGGCUAUUCUGGAGGACCUUUCGCAGCUGCUGGACUUCUUCCUGAUUGAAUUCCAGCGCAUUCUUUUUGCCGAGAAUGUCGUCCACACUGUUGCCGCCUUCACUGCUGCCUUCACUUGCUACUGGCUCGUCCGCUUCGUUCCGCUCUGGGGCCUGGCCGUGAUUUCCGUGACCGUCGCCUACCUUGGACCCCUCGUGUACAUCAGCAACCGUGAAAUCAUUGAUGAGCAGAUUGCCAACCUUCAAGAGAUCGUCAGCUCGCAGACCAACCAGCUGAAGGACCUUGCCGGUGAGCGCACUUCCCACGCCACCGGUGUCAUGAAGCAGUAUGUCGGCGAGUACAGCCACAAGGCCCAGGAGUACAUUGGCCGCCGGUCCGCAUCCCCCGAGAUGACCAAGGCUCCGGCCCCUGUGAAGACCGAGGCUGCGCCAGAACCCACAAUUAAGACCGAGGACUUCCCUGAAGCCCCCAAGAUUGAGCCCGUUGCGCAGUUGGUGGAGUCGGCGGAGCCCGCACCCGCAGUCGUGGAGAAGGAGCCCCUUCUGGCGCUCUAA